AUGUCGACAGCACACAGACCGACAUGGGAUCCUGCGCAGGCGAAGGAUGUAAAGGGCGGCUCUCGCCAGUUCUCUGUGCGAGAUAUGGCAGCGCACACGAAAUUGAAGUUCCGUCAACCAGGACAGACAUCAGUAGCGGAAGUCGGAAAGAAGGACUUACGAUCUGAGCUUCUGGCGGCUGAGCAGGAAGCGCGGGAGAAGAAGCGGAAGGCUGAAGGGAAACCUCCACUGGCCGUUGAGAAUGGGGCCACUGCCCCGCAAGGACAGAAUGAGGAGGCAAACAAGCGUAGGAAGCUGUUGCAGGAGGCGCUAGAACUAGACAGAGAUGAUGACGUGGAUCGCGAUGCGAAGGAGAAAGAGGACGAUGAUGAAGACGAAGAUGAAGACGAAGAAGAUGACGAAGAUGAGGAGGAUGAUACCGCGGAACUCCUGCGCGAACUGGAGAGGAUAAAACGCGAACGCGCGGAAGAGAAGGAACGGCAAGAGCGCGAACAAUCUGCAUCGACAAAUGCAGCACGCGAGGCUGAAAUCGCGAUUGCAAAUCCAUUACUGAAUCUUGCAGCUGCACUUGGUCAGAAUCCUCAAGGAGUGAAUACCACGGUCCCAGGAACUUUCGCGGUGAAGCGACGUUGGGAUGACGACUUGAUCUUCAAGAACCAGGCUAUGAGCUCACGAGACAAGGAUAGGUCGGGACAAUUUGUAAACGACCUGUUACGGACAGAGUUCCAUAAAAAGUUCAUGGCGAAGUUCAUCAAGUAA